UCAGCUCAUAACAGACCACCAGGCGCACCGGCAGCUCCUCUCUGCUGACUCAGUGCCUUACAGCAGUCACUUCACCUCGAGAAGACUGUCAUCCAGCCACCGGCGCACACUCCUCCGGACAACCCGCCCCGACACCACCGCACAGACAUGGCCAAGACCGCAAUCGCUUACAAAGAGAAGAUGAAGGAGAUCUCAGUCCUCUCGCUCAUCUGCUCCUGUCUGUACCCCGAGAGCCGCAAAAACAUCAUGGGGGACUUUGAAGACAUGGACAUCAAGCCCAUCAACAAGCGGGCCUCGGGCCAGGCCUUUGAGGUCAUCCUGAAGCCGCCCUCCCCGGUGUCGGAUGCUGCCCACUGCAUUACCAGCCCCCCAAAGAGGGACAUUUCCCUGGAGGACAUCCAGAAGAAACUGGAGGCAGCUGAGGACCGGAGGAGAUCCCAGGAGGCGCAGGUUCUCCGGGCCCUGGCGGAGAAGCGGGAGCACGAGCGGGAGGUGCUGCUGAAGGCCAUGGAGGAGAACAGCAACUUCAGCCGCAUGGCCGAGGAGAAGCUGCAGAUGAAGAUGGAGCAGAUCGAGGAGAACAGGCAGGCCUUUCUGCUGGCCAUGAUGGAGCGCCUGCAGGAGAAGGAGAAGCACGCUCAGGAGGUGCGCAAGAACAAGGAGUUGAGAGAAGAAGUGACAGAAUGAGGCGCCCCGAGCGUCCGUCCCACCUCCGACCCCCCCUCCACCGCCACCCGUCCCCGAGGAACACCCCCAUGCCUCGCCCCCCCUCCCCCCUCCCCUUGCUCCACCAACCACCAUACUCCCAUACUAUUAUAAACGCCGCCCCAAGACAGCGGGAGGUUCAACUGUGGGUGGAAAGAAACAAAAGUACAAAAAUGAUUAACAAAUGAAAAAUGCUCUCUCUCACCCACGCUUCCCAAAACGAAUGUUUUUGCUCCGUUUCAAACGAGAAGAUAAAAAAGAUCCAAUUGACAAGCGGCAGUGGGUAUUGGUUUCUGUAAAUACUUCUUUUUUUGUUAUAUACAGUACGAUACAAGCAGCAAAAGUAUUGAUUGCAGUGUGCCAUUCUUUUGUAUAUGUUCCCUCCCCCCGCAUAUAAAUAUAGAUGUAAUGAUUUGUUCAUUUUCAUACUCUAUCGGUUCCUUCAUUCCAGCCUGAGAUUCGUUUUAGUUCCUCUCGUGUGGUGACAGGCUUAGAUGUUUGUUGUGAGUUCGCCAGCUAGCUGAUGUUUGCCGCGACUGGCCGCGUCCUCCCGAGGCCCCGCCCCCCCUUGAACACCCUCACCCCACCCCCCUCGCUCGGCCCUUCGACCGCUCGGAUCUGGGAUCAGAUCUGUGCCGGGGUCGGGGUGAUUUUCCAUCCAGCUCGUGCCAGCGUUCCAGUUAGCGUGAGGGGGGGGGGCUGCUGGCACGAGGGUCCUGUGGGGACCGCAGCCGCCGCAGCUCGUCCUCUCCUGCAGUAGACGGUGACAGUACCGCAGGACAACACUAUAGCAUUUAAUGAACCCAUCCUUACUCCUCCCCCCCCCCCCCCCCUCCCGUCGCUCCUCAUGCAGACCCACCGUAGAAGCACUCGCUCGCGCGCUCUCCGCACGGGCAGGCCUUUGUAUCAUAGCACAGAGCUCAAGGGGAGCUCGCUCAACUCCAUCUCCAUCUGGCACCGGGAACGCCCGCCCGCGUGACCUCCCCCACCGAUAGCGGCCCGCCCGCGUCCCCUCGGCGGCGAGCCUCCAGCCGCCGCUGCGUGACGACGCGGCCGGGGCCACGGACGCCGGCGCGCAGAAGAUGUUCGCAUGAGAUCAGACUUGUUACUGUGAAAAAGAAAAUACAGUCGUAGUGUAAUUCCACUGAGGUUAGAGUAGUGCUCGGCAUCGUCGGAUCACCCACCGGAACCAUUCCGCCUCCUCUCUCUCCAACACACUGUAAGGUCGGCACAAGGAAGAUUUUUAAGCCAUACCCGGUAUCACUGCAACAAUGAGUCAUGAACACAGUAUUUCCAUCUGUAAAGCUCUAUAUGAGUGUCAGAGAAUCAGAGUUUGCAUCCAGUGGUGCUGAAGCCUGAGGUUGAGCCCUGUUGGUCACACACGCACCGUAGGCCCAUAGGUGUGUGUGAGUGUGUGUGUGUGUGAUCCAGAACGGGUGAGUGGAUAGGGAAACGCUCGUGCCAUGUGAUAGUGAUCUGGUGAAGUGUAAAAUAAUGACGUCACAGUGUGUAACAGCUGUUUGAAGUUGAUCACAGACAGUGACUAUCCUACCUGCCUCUCUCUCUCUCUCUCUCUCUCUCUUUCUCUCUCUCUUUCCAUUUGUGUGUUUCCCCGUCUCCACAUCUAUCUUUGUGAGCAAGCAGUGGUCAAUAAAGAUUUGGGGUUCAGUGAAUGAAA